AUGGCCAUCACCCAAGAACCGAAGGUUAAAUCCUUUGAGACAAGACUCUUCAUCAAUGGCAAGUUCGUGGAAGCCUCUGAUGGCGGUAAAUUCGAGCUGAAAUCACCCGCCACGGGCGAAAAGUUCGUCGAAGUCUCUGAAGCAACAGAAGAUGAUACAAACGCCGCUGUUGCUGCUGCCAAAGCUGCAUUUCCGGCGUGGUCCGAGCUCUCUCCUGCAGAUCGAGGGGCCUAUUUCAAGAAGCUUGCCAAUCUGAUUCGCGAAUCCCACGACGAGCUUGCUGAACUGGAAGCACUGUCAAUGGGACGUCCUGUCUCUGCGUACUUCGAGUCUUACAUCGCUGCAGAGUCUUUGGACCACUAUGCAGAGGCAGGUUAUGAUGCUCUGGGAACAUCCAGCUUGAACACCCCUGGUUUUGUCAAUAUUACUAUGCGACAGCCAUAUGGCGUAGUCGGUGCUAUCAUCCCUUGGAAUGUACCGGUCUUAUUCUUGAUUGGUAAAAGUGCUCCAGCCCUGAUCGCAGGAAAUACCGUUGUGGUGAAGAGCAGCGAAAAGGCACCAUUGACUUCAGCCAAAAUUGCCACACUGAUCGACAAAGCCGGCUUCCCUCCUGGCGUUAUCAACAUCCUUUCAGGACACGGCCACAUCUCUGGAAAUGUGAUGUCGCACCACAUGGAUAUUCGCGUCCUAAGUUUCACCGGCUCAGGCAGAACAGGACGUAUUAUCCAAGCCGCAGCUGCCAAGUCCAACCUCAAGAAUAUAAUUCUAGAGCUUGGCGGCAAGUCUCCCGCGAUCAUCUUUCCCGAUGCCAAUAUCGAAAAGGCAGUCGAGCAGACCAAGUUCAGCAUGCAAUUUAACACCGGACAGGUCUGCAUGGCCAAUUCUCGCAUCUAUGUCCACGAGUCGAUCGCUGAGAAGUUCAUUGAAUCGUUCAAAAAGAGUUUCGCUGAUCUGAAGAGCGGCGAUCCCUUACUCCCAACCACGCAGCAGGGCCCACAGGCAGAUGAGCUGCAAUACAAGCAAAUCCACGCUUACAUUGAGGAGGCUAAGAAAAAUGGAUUUUUUGUUCCUCCUACGGUCUUCCUUGAAACGGCUGAAGAUGCCAAGCCAAUGAAAGAGGAGAUCUUUGGGCCUGUCGUGCAUAUCAACACCUUCCGCGAUGAAGAUGAGGUCGUUGCCAAGGCCAAUGAUACUGAAUAUGGCCUGUAUGCGGCUGUUUAUACUAAGGAUGUCAGCCGAGCCUUGCGAAUGGCGAAAAAGCUGGAUUCGGGAAGUGUGGGCGUCAAUUGUACUAGCCCGACCGGAGCGAAAGACAUGCCUUUUGGAGGUUAUAAGGCUAGUGGAAUCGGUCGUGAGGGAUGGACUGUUAGCAUCAACAACUAUUUGGAGACUAAGAGUGUUCUUAUUAGUGUGGAUGAUGAGUGA